CGGAAUAAAAAUGGACCACGAGGAAAGCGAGGUGGAUGGAGGUUUAGAGCCAGGUGGGUUAAAAGAAUCGAUGAUUAUUCCUAUUAGCGAAGAAGGGCUUCUGGAACAUGAGGGGGUUGAAAGCCCCCGACUGGCAUCGAAAGAAGGAUUGGGAGAAGACGUCGCAAAACUUGUUCAGCAAGACGGCGAAGAUUCAUCAAAAGAAGCAUCUGGUGAAGUUGUCCCUGAGGACAACCAAGCUGAACCAGUCGAUCUAGCCUCCUUCCGCAAACAUAUUUUUGUGCUCUCAGAAGCAGGUAAACCUAUUUAUUCUCGACACGGCAAUGAAGAGUUGCUCGUUACAACAAUGGGCGUCAUGCAAGCCCUUUCGUCCUGUAUUCAGGAUCGCAAUCAGGAUCAGAUCCGUUUUAUUAAGGCAGGUCGGCAUCGCUUUGUUUAUCUGUUACGUUUGCCUCUAGUGUUAGUCGGCGUUUCCAGUUGGCCCUACCUUUCAUUUCAACAGUUGCAGAAUCAUCUGCUCUACAUGUACAAUGAAAUUGUAUGCGUUCUUACGCAUACUGUUCUUAUUCGGGUAUUUGAAAAACGAAGUAACUUUGAUCUUCGUCGAAUGCUUGGCGGAUCUGAACGUCAUUUCGACACACUCUGCGAUCGUAUGGAUGUAGACGCAAGUUUCCUGUUGGGCGCAGUUCGCUGUUUACCGCUGGCAGCUACCGUACGUGAUCAGAUAACCCAGGCAAUUGUGCAGCCGUGCAGUAAGGUGAAGGAUCUCGUGUUUGCCAUCCUCGUUGCUGACAAUCAUUUAGUGGCAAUGGGUCGUAUGAAAAAAUAUCAGCUUCAUCCAGUGGAUCUUCAUCUCAUCUUUAAUCUAGUUGAGAGUUCACAAAACCUCAAAGACGCUGAAACUUGGUUGCCAAUUUGUUUGCCGAAAUUCGAUGCGUCGGCGUUCUUGCACGCUCACGUGUCAUACCUCGAUGAAGCCUGCGUGUCCUGUCUAUUGCUCGUAACCAUUCGACGAGACCAAUUCUUUGAACUGCAGGAGUGUCGUUCCCGAAUAGUUGAACGCUUGCAGAAGGGUGGCUUACUUUCGGUGAUCGCCGAUUCAGUUGCUCACUCCGGGUAUUCAGCUCGUGAAUGCGGCAUCCUCGAGUUACGACACUUUGUAUACAAAGCGAAAUCAUCAGCACAACUAAGUUCUGCCCGUUUUGAAGGUGUCUAUCAGACCGAAGAGGGACGUCGACGACUUAUUGGUCUUUACCAUGUGUUGCUCGCACGUAUGUUCAAUUCAGCGCGACCACUCAAAAUUCUAUACGCGGCAGGCGAACGUGAGACCCAACUGGGUUGGCACAUGAUAGGCUUCGAGCUAUAUGCGACCUUUGAACCUCUCGUGACAAAGGAGGGUGCCGUAAAAGCUAUGAACAAACUUCUGCAUUGGAUCAAGAAAGAAGAGGAUCGACUGUUCAUCAUGAACUCUGCCACCUUUUAAUUAUCUACUAGCUAAGAGUACACCGGGGUACCUUUACUGUAUUUUUUUUUGCAGUCGUUUGUGUUGUGCGCAACCCCAAACUAAUUGACAUGAUACGAAAAAAAACGGGAGGAAAAACACGAUGUGAUAUUUUUACACGUUCAUCAAGGCUGAUUCGACCAGAUUAUCAUCUGUGGGAGCGCAUUGAUGUGUAAUCCGCGGGAACGUUGAUGCGGUCUAUUGUCGCCUCUUAUGUAUGAUCCACCUUCGAACAACGAUCGCGUUAAUAAACAAUUAUGAGCGGGGUACGCACUCGUCAAAAGCGUAGCUUUAUCCAUAAUUCUUAAGUGGUGCCGAUUAUGGUAUGAAGCGCAACGCUUAUAGGAUAUAUUACCGGUGAGAUUCGUGUACGGAUGAUCUGUGUAACGUCCAUUAUUAACGAAAUAUUAAUAAUGAUUAAAAAAAAUGUACAUAGCAUGUAUAUACUGGAAUAAACGAACAUUUUAUGUGAGGAAGAAUAAGCUACUCCCGAAUCUGUUACGAAUAAAAACUAUGCGAUGGAGAGACAUUUCUACGAAGGGAAAAGUCUGAUGUGUUUUUGUUUUUUAUAUGAAAAUUAUAGAUUAUUGAUUUGAGCGGAUAUAAAGGCUUGGUGUUUCUCUCUUUGGCUACGCCUGUCCAGUAACAGUCAGUACUUAUAAUAACAUUUAGCACAGACAGGUGUCACAGAUGAAUUAUUGAUUAGUCUUUUAUUUUUCUCAAUAUAUAACCUUCCCGGGGAAAAAAUGUAGGGGUAGCAGGAGAACUAGCAAAUGUGAUAGUAGACAUAUUGGCAGUUCAGUGAUUGAUAGAUUUUUUUAUUAGCAUUAAUUGCCACAUACCGUAGAAUUUACGUAUUCAUGAGUGUUUCCCAUGAUGCCUCCUAAAUUAAUGAUCGUUACAAACUCGCACUCUACAGAAAAUUUGUACAAUGAAGUCGAAAACAACCUCGUACGACUUAUGGCGCAGGCUCAUAGUUUUUAAGACAAGGCAAGUCUUACCAAUUACCGCCGUCACUUAAUUUCGUCAGCUUUAUUGAGGGCCUAUGGUAAAUGAAAAUUUAGAGCAGGAGUUCUUACAACCAACUUGUUUUGACGAGAUAUUAUAUAAUGCAUGUGAUUCCAUCAAGAUUGCUGUCCGCUUUAGAGGUAGCUUAAAAACAACAUACUGUUGUAUAUCACCAUUUAUUUAAUUUGAUAUUGCUUGGUUAAACUUUGACACCCCUUAACUUGUCUAACGUGUUAAAUUUUAUAGCCGCUUAUCGAUGAUACGGUGAAUCUCCGAGCUCUACAAUUUGCCAAAUGUAGUUUGCCAUCUAGCGGCUGACGCAUUACCCUACAGUAUCCGAAACAUCGCAGCUGGAAGGCAAAUAGCACCAAUAUGUCGUGGUCACAACCCCAAUAUUUAUUAUGAAGAAAGUGUGUCGCAUGCAAUAUAAUAGAAUGCGAGAGGGUUGCUACAUGCUAUGCUGUGCUAUCGAACGGAACGAUAUACGUCGACCAAUCUAAAGCCAUUUGUCGUUCGUAUAUACGUCUUAACGGUUUUAUUUCUUCAUUCUCACAUAGUACCGAGUCGCACCCAUUUCCAAUGCUCGAGUCACUUGUUGCGGAGUAGCUCUUGAAGGAUGCAUUAAUAAGUUCGGUACAACAUAACUGCUUAUCGUGCAGCAAUUAACGUUUGCAUCGAUUAGUUUUUUACUUCUGAUCUGUGUAGUUGUGUCAGUAUCCAUGCCUAUAUAAAAACAAAAAGUUUGGUGCUCAUAUGUGUCAUAUGCGAUUCGGUAUAUAUGUCUAUGUACGUUUAUGUAAGUCAACGCUGUAUAAAAAAA